AUGAAGUACACAUUCCACUGGUCUGACUACCUGGUAUUUGCCUUCUGGCUAGUGAUCUACUCCUUGGUCGGUAUCUAUUACCAAUUUCGUCCGCAAAUUCGCGCUAUUCUGUGCCGUGUUAAAUGCACUUGUCCCUGUCGGAAGAAUGAAUCAAACAAUAUCGAUUCCAGAAAAGAUUUGAACAACGUGGAAGACAAUAGCACGGAUACAGAAAGUCUGUUCCUUGGUAGACGCCAGCUGUCUCUUUUCCCUGUCUUGGCCAGUGUGAUGGCCAGUUUCUUGUCAGCCGUCUCAUUGAUGGGUACUUGUUCCGAAGUAUACCUCUAUGGGAUUCAAUUUAUUUUGAUGAUUGUGGCCUAUGUGAUUGGGUUCUCUUUGGCUUCGGAACUGUAUAUGCCGGUGUUUUACAAGUUGCGUGUAACCAGUGCUCACGAGGUGAGUGAUAGGUCUUAUACCUAUUGGUAUUUUGAUGAUGAUGAAGGAUGA